AAAUCAAAUAAAGACAUAAGGAGAUGAUGAAAUGUUUGAUUUUAACAUCCAAAAUGUUUCAGAUUAAAGUUGUGAUGUGGCAGGUUGUUUGCCUAUGCUCUUGCCAAACCAGCAAAAUAUUAUAACCAAGGUUUCAGGUAUUAUCGUUACGUCAAAUCAAAAACUUAAGAGAUUUUCACUUAACAACAGAGGAAUUUGUCUUAAAUGUGGUUGGAGAAAUGGAUGAUGGUCCUUAUGAUGCCGACAUGGCUGAUUCAAGUAUAUGGAAUGAUGCUGUUCAAUAUGAAAACACAAAAAAAGUCUCGGGAAAAAAAUCAGAAUGUGAUACUCAAAAAGAUGAAGAUUCCCAUUAUGAAACGCUGCAUUUAGAAGAUUUGGACAAACCUAAAAGAAAAACAGAAAUUCUGGACAAAAGUUUGAAGCGACUUAAAUGUGUAAUUUAUAUCUUGAUAGUGUUAAUAAUUGUUCUUUACGUUACUCUCAUCUCUAUGAUAAUGAUCAUGUUUCUGCCCAAGGAUACAGUCGAUGGUCAAUGGGCAAAUUGGUCAAGCUGGACCUCGUGUGACGUAACGUGUGGUAAUGGAACAUAUCUACGGACAAGGGCAUGUUUAAAUCCAGAACAUAAGAAUAACGGAAGUGAUUGUGUCGGAGAAAGCUUGCAGAGCAGCGAUUGCUUGAAAGAGAGUUGCCCAGUCGAUGGCAGAUGGACACAGUGGUCAAGUUGGACAUCAUGUGACGUGACGUGUGGUAGGGGAAGUCAACUACGGACAAGAAGGUGUUCGAAUCCAGCGCCCGAGCACAAAGGAAAAGAUUGUAUUGGAGAAAGUUUACAAAGUAGUCAAAGCUCAAGAGGAAACUGUACAGUUAAUGGCCGAUGGACACAAUGGUCAAGUUGGACAUCAUGUGACGUGACGUGUGGUAUGGGAAGUCAACUACGAACAAGAAGAUGUUUGAAUCCAUUGCCCGAGCAUAAAGGAAACGAUUGUAUUGGUGAAAGUUUACAAAGUAGUCAAUGCUCAAGAGGAAACUGUACAGCGUUCAAGUCUGCCUUUUCUGUGAAAGGUCCACAUACCUUCAAUCAGAUAGAUGGAAUAGACGGGAUUGGCUAUCUUAACUUUACUAGUACCAUUUACCAGUACGGAAAUGACUUUACUAUCUCAAAUGGAACAUAUAGGUGUAGCAUACCUGGCGUGUACCACUUUUCUACAACACUGGUGAAGAGAAAUGCAUCCCGAAUUCAUAUGGUUUACUGUAGACUAUUCAAGAAUGAUAAGCCAUUGAUUCAGAUUAGUCUGAAUCCAUCUGACGAGCAUAUACACGAGGGAAAUGCUGCGGUAUCCCAGUCUGUUAUCAUUGACCUUGAUAUUGGUGACACAGUGUAUAUUGGUAAAUGCAUAGGCCAACCUAAGGAUUACUUGGAAGAAUGGUCUUCUUUUACCGGAUUUCUGCUAUUUCAUAAUAAUUAAAUUCGAUUUAGCUUUGCAAUUAUCGAAUUGUUUAUCAUGUACAAUAGCGUAAAUAUGUCAACAUUAAUUUUCACUUUUUUAUUUGCUUUCUGUGUCGAAAAUAGCUAUUAUGUUUUGUUUCAAACAUUUAAAUUAAACCUAAUGAAAAAGAAACGAUCAUCUGCAGAUUAAGAUAUGUAUUACUAAUCAGUUACAAUUUUUGUGCUAAAUUAUAUUCAUUUAUCAAAAUGUUUUAUACACAGGUUUAAUUUAUUUGCUAUGAAUGUGUACGAUAUACUCGUUACUUCUCCAAUUCAUUUGCUUAGCGAUUUAACUAAGUUAUGGUUUACGCCUAUGGUAUAUUAAGCAAUAGAUUUUACGAAAGCGCCACUUGUUAAUUUUGUGUGUCGAUAAGUUGUGUUUUUGUUAUGACAGUAGCUUAACCAGUUGCUUGUUUGCUUGUUUUAAUUUCCUUGAAUUAAAUUUCCUUCACUUUUUUGACACGUGUGUCAAAUUUUGAUCACUUGUUUCAAUCAGCUUAUUUCAGUUGAUCAUAAUGGAAGAAAUACAUCAAUUCAAUACCAUUCGCCUGAUUUGAUUUACUAAGACAGUCUGUCUGAUCAGCAAGCAGAUAUUCAAACCUUUCCGCAAGGCGUUUCUAAUAUAUUUUUACACUGACUAUUAUAUUUAUGUGCAUUGUGCGCUAUGUCUAUUUUGAUUAAACUAUUACCCUGUU